AUGCCUCAUGUCGUAAAGAUUCGCACCGUGGACUCGGUGAUCGCGAAGCUUUUGAAGGUCACUCUCGGCACAGUUUCCGCAGAUGCUACUGACGACCUGAGCUUUGCUCUGGCUUUCCUGAGGGGUGUUCCAAUCGAGGCACCAGCCGAGAUUCCCGACCCAAAUGCCACCCGAUUAUUUCAAGACUACGUCGUUCAAGAACUUCUCAAGGUGCUUCGGCACAAGACACGCAUUUUUUUCUGCCUCGUCCUUCCAAACCAAUCUCAGUCACGGCGAGAUCUGGCCGCUUACCACUUGGAGCAGUUUCAACAGAAGCGCAUUGCUGCAGAUAUGCAGGGCUAA